AUGGCUUUCUUCGAAACAUUCGGAAAAUUGGUUCAAGACCUAAAACUAAAAAAACGUCUAUUUAAAAAGAGAAUCUUCAAAGGAAAAUCUAGAAAAAAAUUUUACCAAAUAAACCCUACAGAGAAUUUCGAAAUUCCAAAAUCCCUAGAAUGUACCUUCCCUUUACGUUCAAGUAAUGAAUAUAAAUCGGAAGUUGAGAAACAUUGUCUUGAGUGGGCAAUGCAAUUCGGAUUGGUGACAAAAGAAGAAGCAAUUAAACGUUUUAAAAGUGCCAAGUAUGGUCUAUUUGGAUGUUAUGUUUAUCCAAACGCCCCGUUUGACAGGCUUUGUCUGGUUACCGAUUUCAUGAUCUGGCUAUUCCUCCUCGAUGAUCAGAUUGAUAAUAAACAUGACUUAAUUGAUAAACCUGAAAAACUUAAAAGAAUUUUGGACGGUUUCUUACUGGUUAUAGAUAGCGAUCAUUGCCCAGAUUCCGCUAAGUGUCCAAUUGCUGUCGCGUUAUGGGACUUAUGGUCAAAAAUGAAGUGUAUAACUGGAAAAGCUUGGCAACAAAGAUUUCGUACAUCCCUCGCAAAUUACUUUAGUUCGUACUACACACAUUCACAGAAUUGUGUCUCCAAGAAAGCUCAUAAAUCCAUUGAUGACUACGUAGAGUUAAGAAGGAAUACAGGCGCUGUGCAAGUUACGUUCAAUUUUGUCGAGAUCACGCUCAAUAUUGAACUUCCUGAUGAUGUAUACAGCGAUCCGAACUUUCAAUGCCUUAUGAACUAUUGUAAUGAUCACGCUUGCUUUAUAAACGAUAUUUAUUCCCUCAGGAAAGAACUUCUGGUCAACGAUACAGAUAAUCUAAUUUUUGUUUUGAAAAAUUUAUCUAAUUAUUCCUUGCAAGAGGCUGUUAAUGAUGCUGUGAAAUUGUCAAAUCUGCGUGUUACUCAAAUACGAGAAAAUAUCUCAAAGUUACCAGAUUUUGGUCCAGAAAUGAAUAAAACUGUUAAAAUGUACUUUGAAGGAUUAGAAGACUGGCUUGCUGGUUCCUUUUACUGGCAUCAAAUUUCCGGCAGAUAUGCUGUAGAAGAUAAUGCUACUAGAAAAUAUAUGGAAUCCUACUUGGAACCGAUUUUGACACAUAACUAG